AUUUGUAUUUGUAUUUGUAUUUGUAUUUCCUCACUGCGUAGGCAUUUUCUCUUCUAUUGCUUCGAUGAUGGCUGUAAUCCCUCUGAGGAACCUGCUCUCUCUGGUGCAGAAACGUCUUAUCGCGACAUCGGCGGCACUCUCUCCGCAACCACCAUUACCACCAUCUUCAGUUGAGUACCUCAUGAAAUCAUGUGGGCUUUCCUUUGAAUCGGCAGUUGCAAUCUCCCUAAAAUCCCAAUCCGACGAAAAGAAAGCUCGGAAGCAAGCAUUGGUAAUCAAUUGUUUGAAAUCUUACGGAUUCAACGACACCCAAAUCGUCAAGUUAGCUGAGAAGCGCUCCACAAUUCUGCAAUGCAAUAUACGGAGAACUCUAAAGCCCAAACUGGAAUUUCUCGUUGAAAGCGGAUUAACGGGUAAGCAUUUAGCAAAGCUCAUUGUGACGAAUCCAACUGUUUUAUCCAAAAGCUUGGAUUUCUACUUGAAGCCCAUGAUGAAAUUUUUAAGGCAAUAUCUUAAAACCCAUGAUGCCAUUGUGAUUGCUCUUCACCGAGCGUCACGGUUAUUGAGUUAUGAUCUUAAUGGAUUCUUGCAGCCAAACAUUCAGUUUCUUAUAGAUCAGGGUGUUUCCCCUGAUGGAAUAUCGAAAUUGCUGGUUGUACAGCCGAUGGCUCUGUUGCAUCGUCCUGAAAGGAUUGUUUAUCUGGCUAGAACUGUUAAAGAAGAAAUGGGUCUUCUACCCAAGUCUUCAAACUUCAUUGAUGGCUUUCGUGUUCUGAGUUCAAUGAGUGAUGCAACUAGGAAGAAGAAAAUCAAGUUGUUUAAGAGUUUCGGAUGGAGUGAAGAUGAUAUCUUUAGAACUUUUAGGAAACAACCCAAUUUUAUUGCUUAUUCGGAGGAGAAGGUAAGGAGUCAAAUGGAUUUUCUUCUGAAUACUGUGAAAGUAGAACCAAAGAUUAUAGUUAGCUACCCAAAAAUUCUUUCUUUUUCAGUUGAUAAGAGGCUCCGACCAAGGUAUGAGGUCCUUAAGGUUUUGCUGUCCAAAAAGUUGAUUAGAGGGGACACAAAGAUUUUAUGGUUGCUAACAACAAGUGAAAAGCUAUUCUUGCAGCGAUAUGUUACCAGGUAUCUGGACAAGGUUCCAGGUUUAUUGGAUAUGUACAAUGGCAGUGUCAAUCAAAGUAGAAAUCCCAGACCAGGAAAGAUAGAUGAUUGAUUUGAUUGGACUUUGGAGAAUUAACUUGAGAUUUACUCUAUAAUUGAAAAUCAUUGGAGCCUCAUGAGGGUGGAUGAUGAGUUGGAGGCUUGGAACAACUGAACUGAAGAGGUUCUUUUCUGGUUUAGAUUACAAAUACUAAUGGUUUCUACCUCUUUCUUCGGCUGGAAAAAUUUAUCAUCAUUUUGUUUUGCGGGUAACAUCUUGAUGAGUGGUUUACCUCCUCUGACUUGCAAAGGAUCAAAUUUUUGUCAAUGAAGUGGUGAGUUGAAGCCAUGUUCUCAUUUCAUCCCCAUUUCUCUCUCUCUCUCUCUGUUUGACAAAAAAUCAGUGUGGGUUGCCUGAAAAAACUGAAGAAAGGUAGCUUCUUUUCCCUCUAUUUUUCUUGCAAAUUUUUUUAUUGUUCAUGUAAUUCUUAGGUCGAAUAGGGCACUAACUAUGGCUGAAACAUGUGUGUUUAUGGUUUCUCAAACCAUGGGUCAAGUGUGUAGUGUGUCUGCAGUCUGAAGUCGAUAUCACUAAGGUUGAAGAAACAUGUCGGUGUUAU